UUAUUAAUAAACUGUAUAGAAAUAGGGCCCUAUUAAUCUUAGGUCUAACUACCCAAUAUUACAUACAGGCACACAAAGAUGCUUUGCAAUCUCAUUACUGGAGUAUGUAAAAAGAUAACGACGUGUUGUAAACCUCAUUUGUAAAACACAAUGAUAUCGAUAUGUAAGACUAUCUACAGAACAGUUUGACCGCUACACGCGCCGAAUGUCAACAACGCCUGUCUGGCACACUCCCUUAGGAUGCCUGACGAAUAUGGCUGGCUAUAAAUGCCAGCUGCUGCGCGUAUUUCGAUGACGGAGAGAAAAUAAAUACUUCGUUGUCAUUAAUCUAACCUAAAGAUUUAUAUACACGCGCUGAUGUGAGUAAUGGUGAUAUUAUUUAGGCUUACAUAGAGCAUUGGUAUUCAAUUUUGGUAUCCAUGAUGAUUUACCAACAUCAGAAGAAGAUCAGUAGUAGCACUACAACAGCAAUUGCUACUGUAUAGGAAAUGAUCGCCGUAUGUUUUCUUUUAGCAUCAUAUUCAGUAAGCAACAUUUAAUUCAAUCGUUCAUCCUCUACUGAGCACCAUCUCUGUCUGGCGAGUCAUAUGCCUCUACUUUUCCCACGGGCUAGAUCUUGAAUCGCGCUCCCAAAUGUAUUCAAAAAAGGUGUAUCCGCAUUUCAACUUACUCAUGUACCAAUUAAAAUUGGACCGACAGUACAAUUUCUGUACUUAAACUUCCGAACUCGAAUGACGAAGGACAACUCUGUGAAAACAAACAAAUCAGUGAGUGUUUAUGUGGACUUGUAAUUGCGCGUGACCGAUUAGAUGGACAAUUUGCAAACCAAGACAUAAACAGGUUUAACUAUUUAUCGACUAUGGCCUCAGAACACGAGGAGGAUUAUAGUGUUCUUAAACAUCCACUUUGUCGCAGUGCUAUCAAAUAUGCUAUAGUGAACACAGGAUUAUUUGUGGUGACUUGUCUAUACGCUGUAAUGGGUGCUGCUGUGUUUAAAUCUAUCGAAGGUCCUGUUGAAAAAGAAGCACAUGAAACGUUUGUUGACAUGAAGAAGAUUCGUAGGGAUGAUCUUAUCAAUAUCCUAACGGAUCCAGCAACUAUUACUUCGCGCGAUGCAUUGACAGAAAUGCUGGAUUCAUAUGAAAAAGACAUUGAAGAAAUAUCAGGAUGUACACUUCUACCUGAAGCCCAAUUUGAACCAGAAUGGACAUUUACAGGAUCCCUCUUUUUCUCAGUUGUUGUCAUGACAACAAUAGGAUAUGGGAACAUAGCACCAGUCACAGUAGCAGGACGAACCUUCUGUAUGUUUUAUGCAGUAUUUGGUAUCGCAUUGCUGCUGUUAGUUCUGGCAAGCAUCGGAUCCCUACUCGCUAGAGGAGCUACAAUGUCUUACCGCUACUUUAAAGUGUUCAUGAAGAAAGACAGUGGUGGUAAUAAAAGACGAGAAAAGGAGUUUGUUCGAGAGGUACCGGCACCUAUACCACUUGAAGGUACAUCCCGUAAUGCAGUUGUUGGGGUCGGAGAUAACGGAAUGGUAGUAACUCGCAUAAAUCCAGACGUCAGUGGCAAGGAUAAACAAAUAUCUCCAUUCUUUGAUCCCUCUGUAGAUUAUGGCAGAGCGAUUGACCCAGAAGAUCCAACCAAACUGCACCAAGUGACUCUAAAAGAGGAUGGGGAAGGAGAGGAACGUAUGAAAACGCCUGACAUUCAAGGAGUUGACGAAAAUGAACAGAAGAAACACAAUAGCCUUGACGAAAUAUUUGGCGACGAAGAGGCGGGUACAAAUAUCCCGCUGACAGCAAUUCUACUGUUUGCUUUUGUUUAUAUGUGUCUUUUAGCAGCACUUCUAACAUCUUGGGAGCAGUGGAAUUAUUUCGAAGCUUUGUAUUUCUCGUUUAUCACGCUUACAACUAUUGGUUUUGGUGAUCUUGUACCAAAACACCAGAAAAAUCUCUUAGCGUGUGUGUUUCUAAUCAUGGUUGGAAUGGCUGUUAUGUCAAUGUGCAUUGCACUAGCGCAAGAAGAGAUAAUGUCGAAAGUGCGCCAAAUAGGCAAGCUAAUUGGAGUUAUUAUUACUAAGCGUAAACGAUCAAAACGUGAAAAGUAAUUUAAUACAAAAGAUGAAUUUCAAUUAAAUGUUUUCGAUGUUUUGACCUAACUUUUGAAGAACUGUAGUGUUCUGAAAAGGUUUAUCAUUUACACCCAUUUUAAUGUAUAAGAAUAUUUCGUUUAGCUGUUAGAUUUGAAUAACAUAAUGAAAAAAAAUUAAAAUUCAUACAGUAAUUUAAAUAUUACGCCGUUUAGAUCAUGUUUUAUGGUUACGUCAACGUAACUUGAAUUUUAUAAAUGAUUUGUAGAUAGAUAGGUACAGGCAAAUUGUAACAACAAGGAAAUGAUGCUUUUUUAAAGAAUGGGUGAAGAAAAGAAGAUGUGCCUUAGGCGGAGGAAUUUUAAAGCUUUCUAAUCAUUGUCCUACAAUAUUGUCUUGUGGACAUUGUACAGUUUUAGCCAUCGGUUUUUUAAGUGAAGCAAUUAUCAUGUUAAUAUGCAAGAUCAACUCAUUUUAAAGUUUUAUAUGUGUAAAGUUUUUUUUAAUAUUGUCUCACGUGUCGCUGUUAC